AUGGAUACCUAUUGCUCACCUACCUACAAGAAUACAUAUUUCGACUCGCCGGAGUUUUUUGUAGAAGCUCUCCAUGCUGUCGGAUUUUUUUCAAUUCCAGUCAAUGUUCUUGGAGGCUAUUGUAUUUUGUUGAAAACUCCGAAAGAAAUGAGUUCUGUGAAAUGGAGUCUUUUUAACUUACAAUUCACAUCAUUUGUUCUUGAUUUAACGCUAUCUUUUCUAUGCACAGCGUACAUAUUUGUUCCGGUGAUGGCUGGUUAUGGAGUUGGAAUAGUGGACAUAGAUACUGCAAAAUAUGCAUAUAUUAUAGUCACAGUGGUUUUUAUUACCGGAUGCGCUAUUGUCGUUGUUGUGGAAAAUCGGUUGUUCAUUUUGUUGAUAAACCCACAAAUAUGGAAAUACGCUAGAUAUCCGUUUUUAGGAUUCUUCUACUUUACGGCUGUAGCCACUUUUGUCCCAGUUUAUAUCGGAAUGGCACCAGGGAUUGAGUAUAAGAAAGAGUUCGUCAUAGAGUCCCUUCCUUGCCUACCUGAUGCAGUUCGUGCCCUUCCUCUCUACCUUGCCGUUGAAAACAAAUGGCAAUUUCUGAUAUGGACCGUAGGUGAAUCAACUCUAUUCUGCGUCACUUGUCUUGCACUCUUCUUACAAAUCUACCGUGCUCUUCGAAAAUAUGGCGAAGUCCGUUCCAAACAAACCCUUGAGCUCCAGAAAAGGCUAUUCAAAGCUAUAUUUUUGCAAUUGGCAAUUCCAUUUUCCAUCAUCUCUAUGCCAAUGAUUUACUACACCUAUACACCGUUUUUUAAUGCUAUUUUGAAUAGUAUCAUGUUUAUUACAGUCUCGUCCCAUGGAUUUAUAUCGACAAUUGUUAUGCUUAUCGUGCAGAAGCCGUACCGAGAGUUUAUUUUAGGAGGAUUUGAGAAGUUUUUGAGACGGAAAAUGCCUCGUGAUCUUGAUUUGGCGAGAGCUUCAAAUUUGGUUAAUUCAAGAGUUAUGACUAAUCAAAUGUUUUGA